AAAAGACGAGAGAGAGAGAGAGCUGGUUAUGGGUGUGGAGGGUGUUUUUAUUGGGGAAUUUGAGGGGGUUGUGCAACUUAGGUAUAGAACAAAGCCAAAGAAGUAGAAAGAGAUAGGUUAAGAGAGACUGAACCAAAGAAAGAGAGAGAGGAGGAGUAGCAGAUCAACGGGUCGGGUGUAUCGGGUGGCUUGGUUCCAAUACAGGAGACAUGUCCAAGUUCAUUCCAACACCACUACUUGUUGCCUCUUCGUAUUAUACCAGAUCACAAAGGUGAAGGAUGCAACCUAUGCUGAGAGUGUCAAAUGAAGCCAGUAUUCUUGUUGAGUAAUUCCAACAUCACGUCCAGUUCUUCACAAGUUGGUCACAGUAAUUUAAUGGCUCAUUCCCCAUACGCCUACACCGAUCCUUACUAUGGUGGGUUAUUGACUGCAUAUGGACCACAGUUUCUUCCUCAGAUGGUGGGGGUAGCACCUUCACGAGUCCCAUUGCCAUUUGAUCUUGCAGAGGAUGGACCCAUCUAUGUCAAUGCGAAACAGUACCACGGAAUCCUCAGAAGAAGACAGUCACGUGCAAAGCUAGAGGCAAAAAAUAGACUCAUCAAAACUCGAAAGCCAUAUCUUCACGAGUCUCGCCAUAUUCAUGCAUUGAAUAGGGUUAGGGGAUCCGGAGGACGGUUUCUCAGCAAUAAGAAGCUCCAACAGGCUGAUUCCAAUCAUGCCACGACUAUGAACUCGGAAAAGUUACAGAAAGACACAUCAGAAACUCAAAUCCACCAAUCCGGGUUCAGCGAAUAUGCAAGUAUUGUUGCAACCCACUCUGACAUCACAAGUGCUUCUGAUGGCAGUACCAUGUUUCAGCGGUCGGAUCAUGAGUUACCAGACGUUUCUCCCCACAUGGGUGGAGCCCUGCAAUGCAGUGGGAGGCUUUUGCAUGGCAGAACCACCCAGCACCGUGGUUCGAUUGUCCGGUGAGAAAGGGUCGGAAGUCAGAACAGACAAAGACCAUUUCACUGGUCUGGCAAUUCAUCCUUGGCUGUGUGACUACUUUCUAAGUUGUACUAUGAAUUAAUUCUGUAAUCUUAAGUUGUCCAACUUGUUUUGAAAAUGAGUUCCAAAAAAGUUUGUGGAGAACUUGUUUUUCCUUUUGUUUUUCCUCACCUCGAACUUAUAACCUUUCAGAUAUAAAUGCCCACUAAGCUAAACUCAUUUGCAUAGACGGAUUCUAAGUGGGCACAUAACUGAUUAAAGUAAUUAAUUUCUAUCCUCUUCUUCUU